GAGCAGCCCUAAAGAUGUAGCUGUACAUGGAGAUCUUGCUGGGAAAAUCCGCUUCCUCCCCUCACGCCGUCCAGCCCAGGAGAACCGCCGCCGCCGCCGCCACCCAGGAGCUCCCUCGGCCACUGCGCGGACCCCGCCGAGAACCCGAGCCGCCGCCUUCGCGCUCCGAGGCGCCCGCAGGGCCCCAGAUCCUUCCCCUGAAGGAAGGAGAGGAUCUGAGAAAAUGGAUGCACUGAGAGCUCUCUGAAAACCCUCCGAGGGAGCCCGGGAGGAGUGAGGACACGUUACCCGCUGCAAAAAUCACAUUUCCAGGACCAAAAACAACAACAACCAAAAAUUUCAUUAAAACAAUAAGCGCCCAAGAACCCAGACCGGGCUGGUGGGGGGAGGGGAAGGGGCGGGAAGGGGAGGGUCGCACGGAGGUAGCUUCACAGUGAGCAGCCGACCCCGCCGCCUCCCUGCAGAGCCGGGCCGGCCCUUCCACCCGCGGCUCGGACUCGCCCUGGGAUUCCGAGUUAGCUUCGGUGCCGGGAUCGCGGCCGCGGUGGAGGCCGGCAACUCCGCGAAGCAGCCUCGCGGGAGCCCGGGCACCUUUGCAUGAGCACGAGAGGAUUCUGCCUCCCCGCAGCUGCCCGGGAAGCAGGAGCCGGCGAGCGGGCCGGGGAGCCAGGCGGGAGCCGGCGGCGGCCGCGGCCAGGGGCGCACGGUGCCGGGACCAGCUCGCCGCGCCCUAUGGGGAGCCGGCGACCGCAGUGCUGCUGAGGCAGGCCCGGCGGGCCAGGCGGGGGAUCGGGGCCCGGGCUGCAGCAGCCCCCUCUGCGGCUGCCGGGCCGGCCCGGGCGCCCGAGGGCUGGGGGGCGGGGGGUGGGGGAGGCCGCCCAGCGCCGAAGCGGGGGCCCCGGCCGAGGGCGCGGCGGGGCUGCGCGCACGCUGGGGCGCGUGGAGGGGCGCGGAGGGCGAUAUGAGUCUGGUGGGGGGCUUCCCCCACCACCCGGUGGUGCACCAUGAGGGCUAUCCGUUCGCCGCCGCCGCCGCCGCCGCCGCUGCCGCCGCCGCCAGCCGCUGCAGCCACGAGGAGAACCCCUACUUCCAUGGCUGGCUCAUCGGCCACCCCGAGAUGUCGCCCCCCGACUAUAGCAUGGCCCUGUCCUACAGCCCCGAGUACGCCAGCGGCGCCGCCGGCCUGGACCACUCCCAUUACGGGGGGGUGCCGCCGGGCGCCGGGCCCCCGGGCCUAGGGGGGCCGCGCCCGGUGAAGCGCCGGGGCACUGCUAACCGCAAGGAGCGGCGCAGGACUCAGAGCAUCAACAGCGCCUUCGCCGAACUGCGCGAGUGUAUCCCCAACGUGCCCGCCGACACCAAACUCUCCAAGAUCAAGACGCUGCGCCUGGCCACCAGCUACAUCGCCUACCUCAUGGACCUGCUGGCCAAGGACGACCAGAAUGGCGAGGCGGAGGCCUUCAAGGCGGAGAUCAAGAAGACAGAUGUGAAAGAAGAGAAGAGGAAGAAGGAGCUGGCACUUUGGGCAUGCCUUUCGAACUCAGGGUCCCUCCUGAUCUUUCGAUUGCACUGGCCCAGUCAUUCCGUGUCUUUUAGAGCCUUCGUUUGGCCUCCAAUCCGAUCUUGCUUUCAGGAACACAGAACUAUAACUGAAAAGCAGUUUUCUCCAGUUCCGACCAAGUGCCCACAGAACGAAAUCUUGAAAAGCACAGUGAGCAGCAACGACAAGAAAACCAAAGGCCGGACGGGCUGGCCGCAGCACGUCUGGGCCCUGGAGCUCAAGCAGUGAGGAGGAGGAGGAGGAGGAGAGCGCGAGUGAGCCGGGGCCCAGGAGCCGGAAGCAGACCCAGGACUCCGGGCAAGCUCUCCACGCUCCGCUCUGAGGACUUCUUGCAUUUGGAAUCAUCCGGUUUAUUUAUGUGCAAUUUGCCUCCCCUCUCUUUGCCCCCCUUUGAGGCAUCCGCUCCCCACCUCCCCCUCCAAAAAAAAAAAGUGGAUAUUUGAAGAAAAGCAUUCCAUAUUUUAAUAUGAAGAGGACACUCCCGCGUGGUAAGGGAUCCCGUCGUCUCGUAGAUUCUCUUGUGUGUGAAUGUUCCCUCAAGGCUGUGUAGACACCAGCGUUGCUCCCACCCCACUUACCCAACCCCUUCCAGAUAAAGACAGCAGACAAUAGUGUGUAUGUAAAGUGUAUCUUUAAUACUUGGCCUUUGGAUAUAAAUAUUCCUGGGGAUUAUAAAGUUUUAUUUCAAAGCAGAAAACGGGGCCGCUAACAUUUCAGUUGGGGUCGGUAUCUAGUGCUGUCUUUUCAUCUGUGGUCGUUCCCUAUUCGAAGAUGUUUCCAACAGCUACUUGUUUUGUGCACUUCCGUCCUCUAAAACUAAGUGGAAUUUAAUUAAUAUUGAAGGUGUAAACGUUGUAAGUAUUCAAUAAACCACUGUGUGUUUUUUUUACAAAAACCCCAAUCUUUUAAUGGUUGAUACCUCAGAAGAGUUUUGAAAACAAAACUGUUAUACUUGUUUUCAUAAUAUUUAAAAUAUUCAGAAGUAAACUAAAUUAUCAUGA